AUGUCUUCGAGGGAGAUACUUGCUAUAUUUGAUCGAUUUCAAGAAACUUUAGAGAUUGACGUAGAUAAUGUCAGCACUCGGCGAUCCACAUUGACUAUGCCUUUGCUCGACAGUAGUGACGUAAAAUUGAUAUUUGAAACUGCGUUAGAUUUAGUCAAGAAAACCGGACCAUUAGCAAAAAUCCAGUCUCCUUGCGUUAUAAUCGGUGAUUUACAUGGACAUUUUCUCGAAUUAAUUCGCUUUAUUCAAAAAUUUGGAUUACCAAUCGAAAAGACUUUUGUAUUUUUAGGGGAUAUAAUCGAUCGAGGUGAAUUUUCUAUAGAAACUAUUUCAUUCAUUUUCCUUCUUAAAUGUAUUUAUCCGAACAAUGUUGUAAUAAUCAGAGGUAAUCACGAAUUUCAUUCUAUUUUCACUCAUAACGGAUUUUUCAAUGAUAUAUUAUCGCAUCCUAUCGAGCACAUAGCCUUUACGAUGCUUGCAAGAACCCUUUCAUUUCUUCCUCUUGCUGGAGUAAUUGAUAAUAAAUAUUUUUGCGUCCACGGAGGAAUAGGUCCAAAUGUAUCUCUAGAAAGUAUUUCGAAAAUCGAAUUACCCGCAGAAACAUUUGAUGACCCAAUAAUCAAUUGUUUAGUUUGGUCUGAUCCUGACCAAGCAAUUUCAGGAUUCAAAAAAUCACCACGAGGUCAAGGUGUACUCUUUGGUGAGGACUUAUUGACUGAAUUUCUCAAAGAGAAUAACCUUCAACUUAUUAUCAGGGCUCACGAGGUCCAAUAUGAAGGUGUUGCAGUUCUCUUUGGUGGCAAAGUUUAUUCAGUGUAUUCAGCAUCCAAUUACUGCGGAAAUGUCGAAAACUAUGGCGGCUGUCUCUCGAUAAGCACCACCGGAGAUAUCACAAUCGAUAAGUUUCCACCGCUUCAGUACUAUAGGCGUUGCUUUACAAUAUUCAAAAAGAAGAAAAUUUCUCAAUCAAAAACAUUUACUAACAUGCCUACGUUCAACAAGCGAUCGUCGUCUCCUACUAGUGAAUUUCUCCGCAAUUACGUACAGACUCAGCAGAAUAAGGAUACUUCUUACGCUCAUAUUCCGAAACCAACUACAGUUAAAGGUGCUGAUAUCCCUUGUUUUGUUCUCAAGCGUAGCCAAACUAAUAAACAGGUGACGCUAAAAGAAAUAAGAAAAGAUGAUCCAGGCACUUCUAUCAAAAAGAGAAAAGAAAAGUUAUUAGCGAAAUUAUGUAUUGUAUAA